AAGGAGGUGUUGGCAUCACCCUCCUGAAUAUACAAAAUCCGAGACCGCAGUCGGGCGCUUUCUGAAGUUUCUUCGGUUGAGAGCAAUGCAAUAGUACCUCUCGGCGCAACUUCUGUUAGUGGAACCAGGACGAAGGAGCAGGAUAUGAUUGACCUUCUCAGCCUCACCUUGUACAGUCCUGAAUCAUCUGCAGACUCUUCAACUCAGAACCAAAAUGGGAGUCAGCCGAGUGUCACAUCAAAUGGACCAGAAACACUGCCAAGCUAUCAGCCUGCUGUGGCGAACGGGGCAAAUUACCCUGCCAACACCCAGGUUUAUCCAACAAAUCAGGGAUAUGUUCCAUACAAUAACUAUGUGGCACCAUGGGCCCAAACGGGACCGGUUGCACAGCCUGGGGCAUAUUCGACUCAACCCCAACAAUAUGUGUCGAGCAAUCCAGCACCCCCAUGGGCUAUGCCUGCAAGUGCCAAUUCAGCUAAUCCUUUCCAGCCUGUGACAUACCAAACGCCAAACACUCCUGCUGCUUCUGUUGCCCCUUCAGCUGCCUAUCCAACUAUGUCAACACCGUAUGCUGCUCCAUCAGCGCAACAUGUUCCAUCUCCAGCACCAACACCGGUGCAAAGUUACAACUUCUCUAUUCCUCAAACAUACACUGGUUCGAACGUGGCUACAAAUGCUCGGGUGAAAGGGAAUCAGCGGCCAAAAGAAUCUCCAGUGGCAGCAGCCAGACCAUAUUACAUGCCGGACAACUUGUUUGGAGACCUGAUCGACGUGAAGAGUUUUGGCGCCGGAAGCAAGAUCAGCAGGUCUACCAGCAUGCCGAGUCCAAAGGGUGGUGGCCAGCCUAUGAUCGGUAGAAACAAAUAGGCCUCUGCUGUUUAAGAUAGGGAUGAGCAUAUAUUUAGCUGGUAGCCACUGUCGUUUGGUUUGAUGUAAAUUUGCUGUCUUUUUUCACGUGUCAAUUUGCGGAUUUGUUACUUUGGUCAAUUUCGGAGUUGCUGCAUGUUUAACUUUACUAGAGAAUUGUAGAGAAGUCAUUGCUCCAGAUGAUCAGUGACAUCAUUAUCGUGACGGUUUGAUGACGGAAACCAUUGCCUGCU